AUGACACGGAGGUCAUACGCGAAGAGCUCAAAAACCAUGAAAUAUUCCGAGGCACGCCGUGUACGAGCAGCCGGUAUCGCAGUAUCUGCAAACCCUUAUAUGACAUCGAACACAAGGGAUCAACCUCUGAUAGUCACUGGUAUUGUGCUGGAAUUCUACAGUGGUGGCUCUAUCCAGAGAGCCUUGAACAUACAUCACCUGCUUGGAUAUUCCUGGAAACGGUGGCCAAAACAAAUUGCUACUGCAUUAGGCCGUUUCCACAUGGCCGGAAAAACUCCCAUGGAUAUCAAGCCUUCGAACGUUGUUCUGGAUGCGGAUGGAAAUGCAGUGCUUAUCGACAUCAGUGGCAUUGGUGGAAUCACACAGGGGUGGCGUGCCCCGGAGAUCCGAGACGGAAUAUCACUUAGCGAAUUCCCGUAUGAGGUGCAAGACAGCCCUACUGCGAAGACACUGGAGCGGAUUGCUGGUUGCCUAAUGGUAGAAAAUGUGCAUGCACGCAUCACUUUGUUUGAAGCCAUCACGGAACUGGAGCUUUCCGGUAUUGACAACAUUGAGGGCUCAUGCAAGGAGGAACAAUCCAACUAG